AAUUAUUUGAUAUACCUAUAACUUUGUGGAGAAAAAAGUUUUAAAAAAACUUAAAUAUGUUGAUAUAUUUUAUUUAUUUUAUUGUUUUUAUUAACAGUGAUAUUUUUGUUGGUGCUCAGGAUUUUGAUUCAUCAUCAACUUCUGAAGAUAUAGAGAAAAUUAAAAUUAUAUUCGAUGAAAUUGUCGCUACAUAUCGUCCAGUUAUUGAGGUUGAUAAAAAUAUUACUGGUGAUGAAUUAUCAACUUAUCAAUUGAAGGAAGAAAUAUCGGAAGAAAAUCCAUUUACAGCUUUCUUUGGCAAUCCUUGUGGGCUUGAUUGCUCUGAUGAAUACCGAAUUUUAAAUUCAGUUGAUGUCUGUAGUAUUUUAGAUAGCUCUGAAGAAGAAUACAAUUUGGCAAAAACACUUUUAAAAGCUAUUGGAUUACCUGAAUCAUGUCCAAUUGAAUCAGGUAAAUAUACUGCAUCUUCAGAAAUUGAUGAUCCUGAAAUAAAAAAUACAAUUGGUAAUUUAUGUAGUUCUAAAAAUUUAUAUUGUUCAAAUAAAAGAUUUCAUAUAAAAUUAACUAACAAAAAUCUCGAUCAAAUGGAAGUAUUUGAUGGAGUUUAUAAUAUUCCUGCAAUCGACAAAAGAAAUAAUUUAUUUUGUUAAAUUAAAACACAAAUAAUUACUUGUAUUGUUGCGAUAAAAUAAAUAAAAAUUGUUUCAACUUAUUAUU